AUGUCGUUAACGAAAGCUUUCACUUGUCUAUCAAAACCAUACAAAACAUGUCUAUUGGGCUAUAAUGUGGCCAAACGUUGUCCUCCACAGCAGAUGGUGUGCCGAAGUCUGGCGGCGGCCCCACCCGUCAGUUCCGGCGCCCAACCCAUCGGUCAAAGACGGUUCCGAUUGCCGGUGGAAACGGACGCAAACAAACUCGUGAACCACUGCUGUGGAGCCAAUUACUUGAAAGAGGGAGAAGAGAUCCCACUCAAGCCGGACGAAGAGUAUCCCGAAUGGAUUUGGUCGCUAAGACUCAAUUAUCCGCCACCCGUUCACGAGUUGGACCCAAACACCAAAGAGUAUUACGAAAGGCUGGCAGUUGUGGGACAGCAGCGGGAGUGGCGACAGAGGAAGUUGACGCGACAGCGCUUCAAAGUGGUGUCCGAUCGCAUCGAGCGGUUGGAAGAGUUGCGAUAUCGGCGCCGCUUCCGGGCGUUGGCUCACAAGGAGUUCGACGCCGGCUAUGAAGUGGUCGCUCACUCCGAGCGCGAGGACUACUGGGAUUUGGAGGCGAAGGAGCGGUUCCGCGAACCCGACGAACCCAAACCUUUCUAUCCCGGCGUCGAUACCGUUGAGAUGCCCCACGAAGUGGCCGCCAAUCGGCUGCGUCUUAGAGACACCAAAAAGUGUGGUCAUUAUGGCUGGUGA